GCGGCGGUGCGGGGUGGCGCGGGGCGGCGCGGGGCGGUGGGGUCUGCGGCCGCGAUGUCGCCUCCGUCGGGCGGCGGAGGCCCGGGGCCGCCGCGGCCGCUGUCCGUCGCCGCGCGGCUGAGCUUCGCGGUCGGCCACUUCCUCAACGACCUGUGCGCCGGCAUGUGGUUCACCUACCUGCUGCUGUUCCUGCAUUCCGUGCGCGGGUACAGCUCGCGGGGCGCGGGGCUGCUGCUGCUGCUCGGCCAGGCGGCCGACGGGCUCUGCACGCCGCUCGUGGGCUACGAGGCCGACCGCGCCUCCUGCGCGCGCUGCGGGCCCCGCAAGGCCUGGCACCUAGCGGGCACUGUGUGUGUCCUGCUCUCGUUCCCGUUCAUCUUCAGCCCGUGCUUGGGCUGCACGGGAGCCACACCCGAGUGGGCUGCCUUGCUGUACUAUGCACCCUUCAUCGUCAUCUUCCAGUUUGGCUGGGCUGCCACGCAGAUUGCCCACCUGAGUCUCAUCCCAGAGCUGGUGACCAGUGACCACGAGAAGGUGGAGCUCACGGCCCUCAGGUAUGCGUUCACUGUGGUUGCUAACAUCACAGUGUAUGGCGCGGCCUGGUUGCUGCUCCACUUGCAGGGCUCUGCACACGGGGAGCAGGACAUCACUGUGGGUGACCAGCUGGGAGUCCAGGAUGUGCCUGUGUUCCGGAACCUGGCCCUGCUGGUGGUGGGUGUGGGAGCCAUCUUCUCUCUGCUCUUCCACUUGGGUACCAAGGAGGGUCGCUGGCCCCAGCACCGGGGGGCUGAACCCGAUGAGCACAGCCCCCUGGUGGCCCCUGCGGCCCAGCCACUGCUGCUGUGGAAACACUGGCUUCGAGAGCCAGCUUUCUAUCAGGUAGGCAUGCUGUACAUGACCACAAGGCUCAUUGUGAACCUGUCUCAGACCUACAUUGCCAUGUACCUGACCUAUUCUCUCAGCUUGCCCAAGAAGUUCAUUGCCACCAUCCCCCUGGUGAUGUACUUGAGUGGCUUCUUCUCCUCCUUCCUCAUGAAGCCAGUCAACAGACGCAUAGGGAGGAAUAUGACUUACUUCACCGGGCUGCUGGUGAUCCUGGCCUUCGCAGCUUGGGUGGCCCUGGCAGAUAAUCUGGGUGUGGCUGUGUACGGGGCUGCAGUGCUGUUGGGUGCAGGCUGUGCCACCAUCCUUGUCACCUCCCUAGCCAUGACAGCUGACCUCAUUGGCCCACACACGCACAGUGGAGCCUUCGUGUAUGGUGCUAUGAGCUUUUCGGAUAAGGUGGCCAAUGGGCUGGCAGUCAUGGCUGUGCAGAGCCUGCAUCCCUGUCCCUCUGAGCUGUGCUGCGGGGCUUGCGUUGGCUUCUACCACUGGGUGAUGACAGCAGUGACAGGCGGCGUGGGUGUGGCCGCGGCUCUGGCUCUCUGCAGCCUCCUCAUCUGGCCCAUCCGCAUUCGCACCCGGGACCUUGGAGACCGGCCGUAACCUCUGGCUCCUCAAGGCGACGUGAUGAAGGACCAGGUAGACAGCUGACCCCUGAACCCCCAACCUGCUCGGGGUCAGAGGGUACGGUGUGCGGGUGGGUGUACCGGCCAAGAUUGCUGAGCCGUGAGUGUCUUCGCCCGACUUUUGACAUGGAAGUACCGCCCACCAGGAGGCUGUAGCGGACACAUGCCCAGGCCGCGCGUGGGGAGAGUGUGCGCGUGGGAGAAUGUGCCCCCUCACGGGGACAUGGACACACGGGUUGGUAGCACAGCUUUAUCAGAGCGUGGGUGUGAAAGCCGGGGGCGGCUGGCCGGUGGCCGGGCAAGGCCUCUCCAGGCCCCGCUGUCUGAAGUCCUGCGCGGUGAAGCGCGGCCGCUGUGGCGGUGACAGGUGCGGUACAUAGUCCGACCGCCGGGGCAGCUCUGCCCCGAACUGGUUCCUGGUGACCACUGCGGACAGGACCGGACAAGCUCAGCUCUGCGGCUGCGGACCGGACGCCCCGGAAUCCUUGUGCUGGCGGAGCACGCCAGGCCACGCCCAUCCUGCACUCCCGCACCUCUACCCACUACCGGCCUCUCUUUUUCUUUCCUUUUUUGCCACGUGCAGCACUACCCCCGGACCCUCUCCUGCCCCCAUCCCCUCAGCUCACCAAACUCCUUGCCGCGGAUUUGCCUGUCCCUCCACUGCAGACACCCCCAGCGCGUGCCCGGGUUGAGGUACUGCGCGGGUAUCGCGGGGUCCCAGAAGGCCAUCUCCCGCAAGUGCUGUGUGUAGGCUGCGGGGAGGCGCGGAAGGGAGGGGGGUCAGCGUGAGACCCGCGGUUGUGCACGACCGGGGGUGGGAUACUCACCGGGUGGCAACCCACGCUGGCGACUCUGGAAGCAGCCGUUCCACCGCGUGUGGGCCUCGCGGUACGGAGUGAAGAGUGCGCGGGGCAGCAUGUACCAGGCAUCGCAUGGGUUCGAGUUGGUUAGGCCGGUGAACCAAACCUGGCCGGCCGCGUCCCGUCCCAUGGGUGUGAAUUUCCAGCGCACGGCUUGCUUGGUGGCCGGCGCCCAACGGGGCCCCUCCAGGGACAAGUAGUCAUUGCUGAGGGAAGGUGGGGACUGAGCCGGGAUGUCGUUGCUUAUUCCAGCCAUAGUUUCCCUGUCUCAAGGACCUCAUCUGACCCCCUUGCCAAGGUGCUACUGGGUGAGAGUCCCCCUCCCCGCUUCUGCCCAGUGUCUCCUCCGUGCAUUUCCCCACGUGCUGUGUUACUCAUGUAGCUGACAAUGGCCCUGUUUGAGACAGUUGUCAGUGUUGACACUGCCUCAGCCUUGAGCCACUUAUGGCUGUUGUGGGAAGGAAGGGAUCAAGGAAGGGUGUGCCUAGCCUGUAACUCCUCACAGAUGGUGCUCCUGAGUAAAGUAUGCAUGGGAAGCCAUGCGGGCUGCAGUAGUGGCACUUGCAAAGGAAGGCCCCCGUGGCUGAGGUGGCCUGUCAUCAGCACCACAAAAGGCCAAAGCAUGAGCAGGCCUAUGAAAUGGGAUUUUUCUGCUGGGCGUGGGUGGCAACACUCAGCAUGCUAAAGCAGGAGGACCUCUAUGGGCUUAUGAAUAGCUCGGGAUACCUAGAAUCUAAAAGUGAAGGGUAUUCUGGCACAUGGCUGCCACUACAGCAUACGUGGACAGGAGACUCAAUAGACAUCUCUGCUUGGGAGUGAGGUGUGUGAAUGCCUGACUCAACCUCAGCCACCUGGGCUGCAGGGUAGGGGAUCUGGGGUCUGGAUGAAGAGAGGUACCAAAUGCAGGAACCUACCGGUAGAGAUGGUCAGGGAAGUAGAGUUCAAGAGUGCCUGAGGGAACAGAGGGCCGAUUAGCCUCCCGCCUCAAGUUUUCCAUGUCUGGCCCUACCUUCCCAGAGGCUCUAAUCACCAAGGCCCUGGAGCCAUUGUUGACAGGGACAAAGGUAUCCCAGCAACAGGGAAGUGGGCAGCCAGCCCGUGACCUCAGCUUACUUCCUGGUGUGGGGCUGAGACCAGAGUAUUCCCUCCCUGUCCCACAGCAGGAGGUCAUUAUCUUCUGGAGCCUGCCCCCCCCCCCAUGUCCAAGGAAGGGCUCUUGGGCGGCCAAGGUGCUCAGCAAAGGGACCCAGAGACAAGGACCACAAAGUAUGGGCUCCGUGACAGGAAGUGGAUACCCAGGGUCUUUGGUUGGUGAGAAUGCUCUGGAAUCAUUGAUGCAGAGCCCUGGGUCUGCUCAUUCUGUUAGUGCAUCCUGUGUAUGUCAUGACAAUAAAGGCAACACAACCAAU